AUGUCCGAUCCGGAAGAACUCAAGGCAAAAUACGCAGAGAUAGCGUGGCUCAAGAAGCAAAUCGAGGAGAAGAAGGCCGCUCGAGGCCGCAGAAGUGAUAAAAAUGGAAUAUCCAAGCCUAGUCGAAAACAAUUUCCAACUCCACAAAUCAACUUGAAACCUCUAAAAGUGGAUUCUGGCGAUGAAAAUUACAUAUCGAGCACCACAAGUCGUGGGAUGACUCUUGUGAACACAAAUAUCUACGAACGAGAACAAAAACUGCAGUUGCUCAAGGCUGAAGCUGCCCGAAAAUUGCAAAUAGAAGCACAGGAGCGAAAUCGACAACGGAAAUGGAAACCUCGAAUCGACAAAAAUAAAACUAAAACAGACCAUUGCGACAGAAUUGCUAUCUCAGACCAGAUAUUUGCCGUGUGUGGUGGCGGCAAUAAACUCGUACCUCUAACAGUACCACCUCCGGACUCAGAGGGCCAAAUCAUCAUGUGGAACUCUAUCAAGUAUAUUCGCAAAAAAAACGGCACAUUUCGCCGAGUGGGCAAAUCUGCAGAGUAUGUAUUUUCAUCAAGUCAAAGUGGUAAUACUAACGUUAGCACCAGCGAAGAUUGUCGCUACUACACCCGAAUAGGUAAGUACCUCCCGAAUCACAUUUCUUUGGCACUUCUAACUUCAGGAAUAUGCAAAAAAAGUUCUCAUUGCAAGUAUUUGCACGAUCCAAGUCACAUUCGGGCUUGUCGUCAAUACCUACAAAACAAGUGUACCAAUACAAAUUGUCUUCUAAACCACGAACCUGAUGAACACAAUACCCCAAUUUGUAAGUAUUAUAAGCAGGGCAGCUGCACCAGUCCCAACUGCCAUUUUUUGCACAGUGAAAAGCCACAAGAUCCAGAUCUGUACAUAUGUUUGUGUCGACCAUUUUCUGUUGGAGGGUGGUGUCCUCGAGGCCUUAAAUGUCCGUUCCGCCAUGAUUUCGAAUGUCCUGAUUUUGAAGAGUCGGGAACUUGUCCUCGAGGUUUUUCAUGUUUCUUGGCACAUCCAGUGACCAAGCGGACCCAGCAAAUAAUGGCGACCAAGACGGACGAUGAUGUGGUGAUUGACAACGAAAAACCUACAAUAAGUAGUUUUACCGUUGAUCCUCUGCAACUCUUCGUCACCACAAAUGGAUUAUACGAUAUGUAUGUCGAUGAAAAAGAACCAAAACAAGAUAAUAAGUUCAUGAUCAACUUGGAAAGCGACUCGGAUGACCUAGAGGACAACAACGACUACGUUAGUGUAUAA